AUGUCCAGCAGAGAGGCCUCGUCCAGUUCGCGGCGCCAGCCGUCCGAGCCACGCGACGAACGCAGAGCAAGCUCCUCCUCACGCUCUUCCAGCCGUCCCACAUCCCGCUCCGGCUCGACACAUCGCAGCAAAGAGUCGACCAAACAGCCCAUUCGCAUCGGACAGUAUCUCCUGCAGCAGACACUCGGCUCCGGCUCGUUCGGCAAGGUCAAGCUGGCCACGCAUGCUCUCACGGGUCAUCGAGUGGCGAUGAAGAUCAUCAACCGUCGCAAAAUUUCGAGCCUCGACAUGGGUGGUCGUGUCAAGCGCGAGAUCCAGUACCUCAAACUCCUUCGUCAUCCGCACAUCAUUAAACUCUACGAAGUCAUCACCACACCCAACGACAUCAUCAUGGUCAUCGAGUACGCGGGCGGCGAGCUGUUCCAGUAUAUCGUCGAUCGCGGGCGAAUGCCGGAACAGGAAGCGAGGCGAUUCUUCCAGCAAGUCAUCUGCGCCAUGGAGUACUGUCAUCGACACAAGAUCGUCCAUCGUGAUCUCAAGCCCGAGAAUCUGCUGCUGGACGAAUACCUCAACGUCAAGAUUGGCGAUUUUGGACUGUCGAACAUCAUGACGGAUGGUGACUUUCUCAAGACGAGCUGCGGAAGUCCCAACUACGCGGCGCCAGAGGUCAUUUCAGGGAGACUCUACGCGGGACCGGAGAUCGACAUCUGGUCGUGCGGUGUCAUUCUGUACGUCAUGCUAUGUGGAAGGCUGCCGUUCGACGACGAGUACAUCCCGACGCUCUUCAAGAAGAUCAACAACGGCAUUUAUACACUUCCGAGCUAUCUCUCUCAGGAAGCAAGGCAUCUGCUUAGCCAGAUGCUCAUCGUCGAUCCGGUCAAGAGGAUCACCAUCCAAGAGAUUCGCCAGCAUCCGUGGUUCAACGUCGACUUGCCAGCGUACUUGAGCCCUCUACCACCGACACCGGCAGCCGAAAACCGCGGGUUCGACUUUGGCAUGACCUCUUCCCCAGCCGACACGGGCUCGCCGGCAGACGUCACCUCGCCCACCACAUCGAGCUCGGCCGCUAACAGCGGCGCGUCUUCGCAGACGUCGGCACCCGCCAGUCGAACAGGCAGUCAAUCAGUCGUCACGAACGAUCUCGGGCUGAUCGAAGAUUCGCUCGUUGACGAGCUGGUAGGCAAGAUGGCUGGGUUCAACCGCGAUGAGCUGAUGCAUCAUUUGACGGACAAGGGCGACAACCAGGUCAAGGUCGCCUACCAGUUGGUGCGCGAUCAUCGACGCAUGUUGCAAAUUCAUCACAUGGAGGACGCGCAUGGGAUGGAGACUUUUCUCGCACAGAGCCCGCCGGCGUGGAACGAGGGGUUGGAGGGGCACAUGGGUCGAUCGACGAGCAUCAAGCGCAAGAAUCGGGUCAAGGAGGCGGCGGCGGCGUCGGUGAGCAGGGAGCAGGUCCCGCCGCUGCCGGCGUCGGCGCAUGCGGCGACACGAGCUCCAGCGGUAGCAGGAGAGGAUGAAGGAGAUUCGUUCAUGGCUGACGCUGCGGAUGCGGAUCCCUCAGACGAUGGCAACGAGACGCUGGCGAGCGACGAAGAUGAUGUGCUCUCGGACGAGGAUGGCCACCUGACGGAUGUGGAAGAUGCCUCUGGUGAGCGCUACGUCCGGAUUGCAGUGCUCGAGACGUCGCUUCCUGGAUACCUGCGGGCGAGGGAAGCAGAAAGACUGGCAACACCCUCAGCAGAAAAGACGUCUUGGCCAUCGUGCACACCUAUCACGCCCAUGUCCGGCGCCGCGACCCCCGCUCUCGCAGCAGCCACUGCACAGAUUCACAAGAAGCCGCGCUCACGAUGGCACUUCGGUAUCCGAUCGCGCAGUCCGCCGAUGGAGAUCAUGCUCGAGCUGUACCGCACGCUGCAGUCGCUCGGCAUGGAAUGGCGGGCCAAGCCUCCCACCAAGCCCUCUAAGCCCGAUGGCGACGCCGACUCGUCCCACCACGACGACGGCACCGCCAAACCCGAGAACGGCAGCGGCUCAGCAGGAUCCAAGGGGGAGGAGCUUUUCUUCCUCGAAACGCGCUGGAAGGUGGGCCACGUGCUCGUCCGCAUGGACCUACAGCUCUACCACGUCGACGCAACCAACUAUCUCGUCGACUUUCGCAAUGUUGGGUAUACCAAGCUCGACGCUGCGCCGGCGGAUGCGUUGGGGGAGGGCAAACUCGAAGCUGCGCUCGAUCGGGCGAUGAACCAGGCCGAGGAGGCGGCGCAGCACCGGUUCGACGGAACAAGGAUCAAGCCCAGCCUCGCCCCGGCGGUGCCGGCGGGCAGGAAGGAGGUCAACAGUCCGUUUUUGUUCUUGGAGUGCGCGACAAGGUUGAUUGUCGAGUUGGCGGGUGGAGCAUAG